CAAGCCAUUCAGACGACGCGCGUUCCUACAGUCGAAGUGCGGUAAAAAUAUUUUUGCAAGGUGUAAAUUGUAAAAUAUCAAUUGUUUGAUUUAUUCCAUACAAAGCACCGAAAAAAAAGGCUUAGAAUUAUACAGAAGAAGUAAAUAUAUAUAAGGACGCUGCGUUAUUAACGUCUUAAUCGGUUUGCAAAAAUAUUGGCUGUAAUGGUGUACAGUUUAAUGCAAUAGCGGCGUGGUGGAUGCGUUUAUAAUAUUCUAAGGACAUAUAAACAAGCAAAUUCGACAGCAGCACUUGAAAAUAAUUUGUAACAUUAUUUUAUUAAAAUCGUUUGUACAUUUAACGUCUAAGGAGAUAACACAAAUUUUAUUACUCAACGCAUUCCUAGAUUUUUUACUGCACUUCAUACCAAAUUAAAAAUGGAGAAUGGAAGCAAUGCCUCGGGUAGUGGUGGUGGCGGUGGUGGUAUAUCCAUCGAAAAGAUGUACCAAAAGAAAUCACAAUUGGAGCAUAUUCUUUUGAGACCCGAUACAUACAUUGGUUCUGUUGAACAUACCAAGGAAUUGAUGUGGGUGUAUAAUGAAGAAAAGAAUCGUAUGGUCCAACGAGAAAUAUCAUUUGUUCCUGGUCUCUACAAAAUUUUCGAUGAAAUCUUGGUAAAUGCCGCCGACAACAAGCAAAGGGACAAGUCCAUGAGUGCAAUUAAAAUUGAUAUCGAAGCCGAAAAGAAUACAAUUUCGAUAUGGAACAAUGGCCAGGGUAUACCGGUAACAAUGCACAAAGAGGAAAAAAUGUAUGUGCCAACUAUGAUUUUUGGUCAUUUGUUGACCUCUUCGAACUACAAUGACGAUGAGAAAAAAGUUACCGGUGGUCGUAAUGGCUAUGGUGCGAAGUUGUGUAACAUAUUUUCCACCAUGUUUACCGUGGAAACGGCUUCGAAACAGUUCAAACGCUCCUUCAAACAAACUUGGGCGGCAAACAUGACAAAAACCACAGAUCCCAAGAUUAAAGAAUUUGCCGGUACAGAUUAUACAAAAAUUACAUUCUGCCCUGAUUUGGCCAAAUUCAAAAUGGAUCGUUUGGAUGAAGACAUUGUUGCCUUGAUGUCCAGAAGAGCCUUUGAUGUGGCGGCUUCCACGAAAGGCAUUGCCGUAUAUUUGAAUGGAAAAAAAUUGGCUGUAAAGAAUUUCAAAGAUUAUAUCGAUCUCUAUGUCAAAGGUGAAGAUGACUCCGCCGGUCAGCCCGUUAAAAUUGUCUACGAACAGUGUGGAGAACGUUGGGAGAUUGCCUGUUGUCCAUCGGAUCGUGGUUUCCAACAAGUUUCGUUUGUCAACUCAAUUGCCACAACUAAGGGUGGUCGUCAUGUCGAUCAUGUGGUGGACAAUAUUAUCAAACAACUACUGGAAGUUUUGAAAAAGAAAAAUAAAGGUGGCAUCAACAUUAAACCCUUUCAAGUUCGUAAUCAUAUGUGGAUUUUUGUCAAUUGUUUAAUUGAAAAUCCCACAUUCGAUUCGCAAACCAAGGAAAACAUGACACUUCAAGCCAAAGGUUUCGGCUCCAAAUGUAAUAUAUCAGAGAAAUUCAUUGGAAGCGUUUCCAAGUCCGGCAUCGUUGAAUCCGUAUUGUCAUGGGCCAAAUUUAAAGCCCAAAAUGAUAUUGCCAAAACCGGUGGUAAGAAGUCUUCAAAAAUCAAGGGUAUACCCAAGUUGGAGGAUGCCAACGAAGCUGGCACGAAAAAUUCCUACAUGUGUACUCUAAUUCUCACUGAGGGUGACUCAGCCAAAUCUCUGGCUGUGUCUGGUCUUGGUGUUAUUGGUCGUAAUUUUUAUGGUGUAUUUCCAUUGCGUGGUAAAUUGUUGAAUGUUCGUGAGGCCACGUUCAAACAAUUAGCUGAAAAUGCUGAAAUCAACAAUCUGUGUAAAAUCAUUGGCCUGCAAUAUAAAAAGAAAUAUCUUACCAUGGAUGAUAUCAAGACCCUACGUUAUGGCAAGGUAAUGAUAAUGACAGAUCAGGAUCAGGACGGUUCCCACAUUAAAGGUUUGCUCAUCAACUUUAUACACACAAAUUGGCCCGAACUGCUCCGGUUGCCAUUUUUGGAGGAAUUUAUUACACCCAUUGUUAAAGCCACAAAGAAGAACGAGGAACUCUCAUUCUACUCACUGCCUGAGUUCGAGGAAUGGAAGAACGAUACACCCAAUCACAAUACCUACAAUAUCAAAUACUACAAAGGUUUGGGUACCUCCACAUCGAAGGAGGCUAAAGAAUAUUUCCAAGAUAUGGAACGUCAUCGAAUUCUCUUUAAAUACGAUGGCUCCAAAGAUGAUGACAGUAUUGUAAUGGCAUUCUCUAAGAAACACAUUGAGUCGCGUAAAGAAUGGCUUACUGCCCAUAUGGACGAAGUCAAGCGACGAAAAACUCUUGGAUUACCGGAACGAUAUCUCUACACGAAAGGCACAAAAGCUGUGACAUAUGCCGAUUUCAUUAAUUUGGAAUUGGUAUUGUUCUCAAAUGCCGACAAUGUACGUUCCAUACCAUGUUUGGUGGAUGGCUUCAAACCCGGCCAGCGUAAAGUUAUGUUCACCUGCUUCAAACGUAAUGACAAACGUGAAGUUAAGGUUGCCCAGCUUUCUGGUUCGGUUGCUGAAAUGUCUGCCUACCAUCACGGUGAGGUAUCCCUGCAAAUGACCAUUGUUAAUUUGGCCCAAAACUAUGUGGGUUCGAAUAAUAUCAAUUUGCUAGAGCCUAGAGGUCAAUUCGGUACUCGUUUAACGGGUGGCAAGGAUUGUGCUAGCGCUCGUUAUAUUUUCACAAUAAUGUCACCACUGGCCCGUCUCAUAUUCCAUCCCAUGGAUGAUCCUCUCUUGGCCUAUGAGGUAGAUGAUGGUCAAAAGAUUGAACCCCAGUGGUAUAUACCCAUUAUACCAAUGGUCUUGGUAAACGGUGCUGAUGGUAUUGGUACCGGUUGGUCAACUAAAAUCUACAAUCACAAUCCAAGGGAUAUAAUGAGGAAUAUACGACGCAUGUUGGCCGGCGAGGAACCUCAAGUAAUGCAUCCAUGGUAUAAGAAUUUCCGCGGUACAAUUGAAUAUAUCUCAGAUGGCCGCUACAUCAGUUCGGGUAAUAUACAAAUUGUUCAAGGAGAUAAAAUUGAAAUAUCAGAGUUGCCUGUUGGAACAUGGACCCAAACCUAUAAAGAAAAUGUUUUGGAGCCCUUGGCUAAUGGUUCGGAAAAGGUUAAACCGAUUAUUUCGGAUUAUCGUGAAUAUCACACCGACACGACAGUACGUUUCGUCAUAACCUUGGCUCCCGGAGAAUUCGAUCGUCUUAAUGAAGAACCCGGUGGUUUCCAUCGUGUUUUCAAGCUGACUUCUUCUAUGUCCACAAAUCAAAUGCAUGCAUUUGAUGAACUCAACUGUUUAAGGCGUUAUCCAACAUCGGUGGAUAUACUAAGAUCCUUCUAUCCCCUGCGUUUAGAUUACUAUCAGAAGCGUAAAGAUUAUUUGGUCGGUAUGUUGACGGCGCAGGCUGAUCGCCUCACUGAUCAGGCUCGUUUCAUUUUGGAGAAGUGUGAACGUACGCUGGUGGUUGAAAACAAGAAACGUAAAGCAAUGAUUGAUGAACUGAUCAAGCGUGGUUAUCGUCCCGAUCCAGUCAAGGAAUGGCAAAGACGCAUCAAUAUGCAAGAGGAGGAGGAGCCUGAAGACGAGGAAGAAGGCGAAGAAGAGGAGGCUGCGUCCACAUCGGUAGUAAAGAAGGAGAAGAAAACAGCUGCAGAUCCUGAAAAAGCAUUCCAAAAACUUACCGAUGUCAAGAAAUUCGAUUAUCUUUUGGGUAUGUCCAUGUGGAUGUUGACAGAAGAACGUAAGAAUGAACUGUUAAAACAACGCGAUCAGAAACUUGCUGAAUUGGCUGCCCUUAAAGAGAAGACCAUACAAAUGCUGUGGUUGGAUGAUCUCGAUGAACUGGAAAAGAAAUUAGAUGAAGUUGAAGAAAAGGAACGUCUGGAUGAGUUGGGUAUUAACAAGAAACAGGCUAAGGCACUGGCCAAGAAUAAGGCAGCCGCGGCUGCAGCUACUAAGAAACGUGGUGGAGACAAAGGUGGAGCAGAUGUUUUCCCCGAUCCACAAGGUGUUAAGGUAGAAUUCAAAGUAACGGAGGAAAUAUUGAAGAAAGUAGCAGCAGCAGCCGCAGCCACUACCAAAGUUAAAAAGGAAAAGGUAGAUAAGAAGGCAGCUGGCAAGGAUCCAGCCGCCAUAAAGGAAGAAGGCGAUGAGUUUGAUAAUUUGGUAGAGUCUGGUGGCGUCGCCAAGGCAGCAAAAGUUAAAAAGGAGCCUGGUACCGCAGCAGCACCCAAAAGGGGACGCAAAAAGAAAGAUGAAACUGGUGAUGGAAUGAAACAGUCCACGUUAAAUUUCAAGGCCAAGGGUCGAAAGAAAAAGGCCGGAAGCUCAGAUGAGGAAGACGACCUAAACUUGUCUGGCAGUGAUGUUGAAAUGAGCGUGGCGGCCGUGGCUCCCCGUGCCGAUCGUCCCGGUCGACGAGCAGCCACCAACAAAAAGAUCAACUACUCUGGUCUUUUAGAUUCUGAGGAGGAACAGAGCAGCGAGGGUGAAAUGGUUUUCAAAGAAAACGAUGCCGUCAAAGAGUCCUCCAAUACAGUGGCCAAAAUAUCAGACGCUGAAAACAGUGACUUUGAUGAUUUCCAACCAGAAGAAGAUACACCGGUUAAAAAGAAAAAGCCUGCAGCAGCAGUCAAGCGACCGCGCAAGAAGGCCAACUUAUCCAGUCCGGAUAGUGAUUCUGAUAAAAAGACAAAGAAGAAAAAGAAACGUAUUGUGGCCAGCGAUAGCGAAGAUGAUGAUGAUGAUGAUUCAGAUUUUGAGGCUUAAUUUAGUAGUCUUUAUGGUAAAAUAUAGACUACAUUUUAGUUUUAAAUAUACACACACAUACAUAUACAAAUGGGAAAUGUUUUUCCAAAAAAAAAAUAUAUUGUAUUCACACCAACCAAUUUACAUUCUACAAAAAGAAAAAACUGUUACAUUAACACCCGCGCCCCCUUUUACCCAUCUAUUUUUCAAUUUACAAGUUUUAAUUUUGUCCUAAAUGUUUUUAUUUAAACACCUUGUUUAUUUGUUUUGUACACACAAUUCGGAGUUUUUUUUCCAACUAACCAAUAUCCAUUCAUCGUCGUGUCCACUUAAAAUAUUUUAUUUCUAUUGAUGUGUUUCCUACUGUGAAUUGGAUAACCACUACAUGACCUCUUAUUUUUAUUACUAUGAAAAAGCGAAACUUUUUUCAACCUAACAUUAAGGUGUUUAUGUUUAAAUUAUUUUAAUAUUUCAAGCAAAACAAAGAACCCCUCAUUAAAAAUGUCUUUAUUUUUAAUAAAAUUUGUCCCCCAUUCUAUUAUAAUUAGUUAUUUGUAAAUACAUUUUUUUUAUAAUCUCAAACAUUUAUUUUGUUUUAGCCUACAAGAUUCCUAAAACACAUAUUUCACAGUAA